AUGGGGUUUCGGACACGUGGCCGCAACCCACUGAUGAUGGACCUCAUCGACCAAUCAGAGGACAGCGACGAAGGCUACAGCUCCUCCUCCCCCACCAUCCCCGCCUCCUCUCUCCCCUCCGGCGGAACCCUGCGCCACGCCCCCCCUCCCCUCAUCGACCGCUCCGCCUACUCCCGCUCGCUCCGCGCAACCCCUGGCUCAGACGAAGGGGCAAGAUCCGGGCCCGUUCAGCUAGUGGCGGAACUUCCUUUCCGCGACGGCGCGGGCGGAAGAGUGCGGGGGGGAGGGGCGGGGAAGGCAGGGCUCAGCCGCGGGGCUGGCGGUGGGGGGAGCCAUGGAGAUAGCAUACGCGGACCGGCUCGUUACAACUCGCUAGAUCCGACCGUUGCUACCGCGCUCGAUGAUUGGCCAGCUCAAUCCGCCGCAGAUUACGGUGCAGAUCCCGGCUCGGAUUACGACGCCGACUACGGCGGGGUCAGCGGCGCGGAUUACCCGACCGAUUACAGCAGCAGCAGCAGCGGCGGCGGCGGCCGGCGCCGUCGCGGGGGUGCCGCAUCCGGCGGCGGGAAACGCGGGGGAGAGGCGUGGAGCUGUCCGUACGAGGCGGGGGACUUGGUGGUGGUGCGGUGCAUGAAAGCGCGGUGGUGCUUCGGCGAGGUGCUGCGCGUGUCGGACGAGAGCGUGCGGUUGUGGGUAGACGCCGUGCGUAGCCGAGUCGACGUGCCUCUCGCCCUUGUCGCCUCCCAUAUCGCCCCGGACCUCGCCUCUAUCCCUCCCGAUGACCCCCUUGCUGCUACUUCUUCUUCUUCUGCUGCUGCUGCUGCUGCUGCUGCUGCUGCGCCUCCUCCUGCCGGCUCUGCUCCUUCUAGUGGUGGCUCCGCGGAUUUUGCGUCCGGGGGAGGGUUUCCCGGCGCGGGCGGCGGCAGCAGCGCCGCGCCUGUUGCGCCCGGGUCGAGUCGAUUAAAGCCCUCCUCCGCCAGGUCGUCGCCCGCCCGUAGCGCCGUGUCGCACGCGCACGCGGACAGCAGAGGGUCGUCGCCGGAAUCAAGGGGUUCCGGAAGGGGGAGCGGGAGCGCGGGGGGAAGCGGGGGAAGGGCGUCUCCGCUUGGGUCCGCGGCUUGUGUCUCGAGCCGGGGUGCUACAGCAGCAGGGCGACGAAUCAGUGGGCUCGGGGGCUCUGUAGUCGCCAACAGUAGUCCCUCCAGGGGCUUGAGCGGAAACGAGGAGGGGGAGGGGGAGCGGGAGCGGGAGCGGGAAGGGGAGGGGGCGCGCAGGGAGGGGUGCAGCACGUGUGAGCUGGCGAUCAGAGAGGCGCCGGUGAUAGCGUGGGAGUGCGGGCACCGCUCGCACUUUGCCUGUGUGGGCAUGCGCCUCAGCAAAGGGCUGCUGGACUGUGCCUCCUGCCUCACUGCCAAGGGUGGGUUGAAGCGCAACGGGGAGGAAGCGGAGGAGGAGGUGUGGUUUGGGUGUGUGUGCGGCCAAACGUGCGCUCUGGAUAGCCUUCAGGAGGACCCACUCACUCGCAGCUUCUGCUGCCCCAACUGCCAGUUUGAUCCGUGGAAGGUCCUUCGAGGAGACCACUCCUCCCGCCUCGCCUCUCAGACCUCACUGCAACCCCACAACCCCCACCACCAUCGCCACCACUCCCAGCCCCAAGCACCCCUGCAAUCGCACCAAGAUCACCAUCGCCAUGAGCAGCAGAGGCAGCAGCAGCAGCAGCUGCAGCAACUGCGGCAGCAGGAGCAGGAGGAGGAGGAGGAGGAGGAGGAACGUGCGUGCCAGGAAGCCUUGUCCCAUUUACUGCCCACCCACAGCCUGCCCUCUAACAGCCUACCCCCCCACAGCCUGCCAUCCCGCAAUCUGCACAAGAUGCGAAGCAUGGGUCCCUUAGAUCCGGACCUGAACAGUUUUCGCCGAAUUUCCAGACCAGGUUUGGGAGGUGGAGCCAGCGGGAUGAAUCUGGGGUCAUAUGUUGAGCGAUCUAGGUCGUACGAUCCCGCUCCUUAUGAUGCUGCUGCUGCUGCUGCUGCUGGUGCUGCUGCCACUGCUUCAGAAAUGUACAUGCGGGUUGCCACUUUGGAUCGAGGCACAAGGCCCCCCAGACAAUCGUUUUUGACUGCUGCUGCUGCUGCUGCUGCUGCUGCUGGCGGUGGUGGUGGUAGCGGUGCUGCUGCUGCUGCCGCAAGAGCAGGGUUCAUAGGAGGUGGAGGAGGAGUGGGAGAGGUCGGUGGGUUGCAAGGCAAGGUGAUGGGAGCAGGGGGUGCUGCAGCCCGGUCAGUGGCAGAGUCCAUGCCGCAAUUCGUACGCACCGUCACACUGGACAGCGCGUCGCUCUCACGCGUGCGCUCGCGUGACUUUGACCCGCCACUCACCUUCCCCGCAUCCAGGCUGUCUGUUGGAAACAACACUUCAUCUUCUGCUGCUGCUGCUGGUGCGGGCUUCAGUGCUUCAAGCGCGUCCUCUUCUUCUGCCAGUGCUGCACACAGCCACAGCAACUCGUUUGGAAGCAGCAACAGCGCCAGCAGCAGCGGCAACAGCAACAGCGGCUCGUAUGCGGUUUACCCCUCUGGUAACGGCCCCCGCUUUCCUGUCAGCCUCAGUGUUGGUGAUAAUGGCGGUAGUACCGGUGCUGGUGCUGCUGGUGUUGCUGGCAGUGCUGCUACCACGAGCGGUGGUGGUCACAUGGGCACAGCAGCCAUGCCUCCCCUCCGGAGGCUACUCUCUGACUCCCCAAGCCACACUCACUCCGGGCAGCCCUAUCGGCCCUACUCCCCUCCUACUGACUUCUACCCACCAUCCUCCUCUACAGGUUCUUUUUCUGCCCGAGAUGCUGAAGUGGCAGGGUGGAGACAGGAAGAUAGCGGGGACGGUGGGCUCAGGGGUAUGGGUGCCAUGGGUGGUACUACAGCAGGGAUUGGCCGUGCACCUGUGCCGAGGAUGCUAUCCGCAGAGGCGACUCUAGUGGCCCGAUCUGGAGCCGGGAUGUCUUUAACUCGCACUAUGUCUGCGGAUUUAGGCCCUGGUGGCUCUGCUAGUUCCAGUGCUGCAAGGCAGCGCAUGGCUUUCAACUCCUCGUCCGCUCUAGGCAGCGGUGUGGGAAUGCCUCGACCUUUUGAUUCGCCGCAGAGAACGCCGAGUGCGGCCGGUGGCAGCGGUGGUGUGAUUCAAGGCAGGCUGAGGCCAGGCGCUCUGUUGGAUUCACCUGAGGAUCUCCCCAGGGGAGGGCAACAGCCGCUGUUCCGCACUUCGUCUGAUUUUCAGCAGGGCCUGGGAUUCGGGGAGAGGGGCGAGAGGGGGCGAGGGGAGGGCGUGGUGCUUUAUGAUGUGGACGGGGAAGGGGGGUCUGUGGACAGGACAGCUGCUACGCAAGGGUCUGCUGCUUGGGAAGGAGGAGCAGGAGGAGCAGGAGGAGGAGGUGGGUUUGGGGCGGGCGGUGGCAGCAGUGGGCACCUGGCAGCCAGUCGAAGCGGCAGUGACGAGGGUCAGAGCAGUGGGGGGUUCGCAUCAUCAGGCACGGGGGUGUCAGGAGGUGGAGUACUGUCGGUUUUCACAGACAGCUACACAGAUCUUGCUGCCUCCUCCAACCUGCUCCCUCCCCUCCCUGGCGCACGGCAUGUGGGCCACCAGGGGCAGCAGCUGGUGCGGCGGCGUCACCACACACUUACUGAGGAGCUGUUGCUGGGUGGAGGAGGCGCAGCAGUGGGUUCCGGGUGCUUUGCUGGUGAUGAUUACGAUGCGUACGGAGGAGGAGCAGGUGUGGGUGGAGGAGGAGGGAUGGGAGGAGGCGAGGGAGUGGGGAUGGGCAUGGCAGGAGGGGGAGGAGGAGGGGGUGUGCGUCGCAGUCCAUUGUUGAGUGGUGGUGGGUUGGGAGCGCGGAGAGGAGGGGUGCAGUCACCAGAGCAGAUGCGCAUGAGCAGGCACCGUGAGGGUGCUACUGCUGCUGGGCCAUUCUCUGCAUCUCCCAGCCCUUCUGGAGGGAACACACCUCAUCAGCAGGAUCAGCCGCGUCAGAGCAGCGUCGUUUUUGCUCAUGGCAAUCAAGAAGCCAUGCAGCUGCAGGCGCUCCCGGAGAAAAUCCGCUUCGUAUCCGUCGCGUUUAACGACUAUCUUAAACCCGCCCGGGACCUACAAGCCGUGUGUGUGUCUAGUCCGUCGGCAGUUGCCGCCUGUCCUGGUCUCAGCCAGGCGGUAGCGAGGACGGCGGAGUCAGCAGCGAUUUUCGACCACGUUUUCGUGCCGGAGCUGAACUCACUGAUUUUCCAGCUCGCUGCUCUCUCCGACCUCUGUUUCGCCGAGCCUGACCCCUCACAGGCGGAUAUAAAGGCGUGCAUCGAAAAGCUUGAAGAACGAGUGGAGGCCAUUUCCAGAACAAGCAAGCAGCUGUCAAGGCUUCUAACAGGCUCUGGUGGCUCUGUGGCCGUGGCGUCGCGAAAGCUACAGAGCACUGAGGUCGAAACGCUUAACGACAUGGUGGAGCUGGAUAAGCGAGAGAAGCAAGACAGCAAGCGCAGCUUGUGGCUUGGGAUUGGUGGGGCGGCUCUUGCGCUGCUGGUUGGAGCCCCUCUGCUCCUGGCCGAGGCACCUGCCAUCAUCGCUGGUGCUGCCAUAUCUGGCGCUCGUGUCGGUGCUGGUGUUGCAGCCGUGGUAGGAGCUGGUGCGAGUGCUGGUGGCUCCACAAUCUACGCCAACAAGGCAGCCCAGGCACUCACAGUCUAUCGGGACAAGGGAGAGGUGCUGGAAGGCGUGCAGAGGAUGAAGGGGCCUGCACAAACCCUCUCUGACAGCACGGGCAAGCUGGUCAAGGGCCUGGAGAAAGUGGAUUUCCUGCUCACCAUGCUCACAGACCGGGUCUCAGAUUGCCUCAAGACUCCAGGGACGAACCUGAGCUCGCUGGCGUUAUUCAAGCUGCUGCAGCUGGCACAGGCGGUUGGGGUGUCUGCUUGCUACCUGCCGGCACACGAGGUGGAGGUAGAUAUGCUGCUGGGGGACAGGGAGGCUGCUGAUGUGGUGCGUGCCUGGAAGCUGGAGCAACGGGAGGCUGAAGCGGCUGCAGCUUCUGCUGCAGCCAAUGCGGAGGUGUGA